AUGGCUCCGGGCCGCGGCCGCGGCCGCGGUCGAGGGAGCGGCUCGCAAGGGGGCCGGAGCGCGGGAGCGGGCGCUGCGAGCGGGCAGGGCGGGCGCAGCAGUGCGCAGCGCGGCGCCAGCUCGCAGCACGACCCCGCGGCGUCGUCGCAGCGGCCCGUGGCGUGGAACUACUUCUUCCAGCCCGAGCACUGGGACCCAGAGGGCCGCGUCGCGCUCCUCGUCGGCCAGCUGAGCCGCGCGUUUCUCUCAGAGCAGGGCGCGAGGGUGCUGUCCGCGGGCGUGCAGCGCUGCGACGAGCGCUACGUGCUCCACGUCGACUACGCUGCCCUCGUCGCUGCGGCCACGGACGUCCUCGGACCGGAAAGCGACCUCCCGACGGCGCUCGAGCUCCAGCCUUCAGAAGCCCUGGCCUCCAUCGCGAUCGCAGCCUCGGAGCUCCUGUUCCGGCCCCCGCACAGCCUCGCAGCGUCCCUCCUCGGCCCCGGGCACCACCUCGGGAAACUUCACGUCCGCCUCGUCAACCACCGCGCGUCGCAGUGCGCGAUCCGCGGCCUGCGCUCGUCCCUCGUCAACCGCCUCGUGACCGUCCGCGGCAUGGUCGUCCGCGCGGGGCCGGUCGUCGUCCAGGUCUCAGGGAUGGAGUUCACCUGCACCAAGUGCGGCGCCGCGAGGUGGCAGCGGUUCGAGGACAUGGUCUACACGCAGCCGACGGCGUGCGCUGCGAGCGGGUGCCGCGGCCGGACCUUCGUGGGCAACCGCCAGCGCGCGCUGUGCGUCGACUGGCAGCGCGUAAAGCUGCAGGAGACAACGACAGACGCCGAGACGCACGGGCAGAUCCCGCGGUCCGUCGAGGUGGAGCUGAUGGACGACCUCGCGGGGAGCUGCCGCGCGGGGGACUUCGUGACGCUGGUGGGGGUGUUGCGUGUGGGGGCCUCUGCGCAGGCGGGGGGGGGUGUGGCGUGGAAAGUGCGGGACCGCGCGGCGCCGACGGCGGCGGCGCUGCACCAGUUCUACGUGCAGGGGGUGUCCGUGACGCUGUCGAAGCGCGCGCACCGGGGCGACGCCGGGACGGUGGAGGCGGCGGGGGCGGGUGCGGGCGCGACUGCCGAAGCGCUCGCGGCGCUGGCGCUGCACGGGGGGCGCGCGCCGGCGCGCAUCGGGGACCUGCUGUUCUCGCUGACGGACCUGAAGUUCGUGCUCGCGAUGCGGCGGCAGUGCGGCGGCGGCGACGCGGUGCGGCAGCUCGUGCGGUCGUUCUGCCCGCAGAUAUGCGGGAGCGAGUUCGUGAAGAUGGGGAUUCUGCUUUGUUUGUUCGGCGGAGUGACCAAGACGCUCGCGGGCGGCGAGAGCGACGCCGGCGCGCCGAGCACCGCCGGGCGCGAAGAAGGGACCAACCUGCGCGGCAACAUCCACUGUUUACUGGUUGGCGACCCCGGCCUCGGCAAGUCUCAGAUGCUGCGCUUCGCCUGCCAGGUGGCCCCGCGCGGCCUGUACGUGUGCGGGAACACGUGCACCUCCGCGGGCCUCACGGUCAGCGUCACGCGGGAGGGGUCCUCGGGGGAGUUCACCUUCGAGGCCGGCGCCGCCGUGCUCGGCGACAGGGGCCUCGUGUGCGUGGACGAGUUCGACAAGAUGCGCGACGAGCACGCGGCUCUCCUCGAGGUCAUGGAGCAGCAGGAAGUCUCCGUGGCGAAAGCGGGCCUCGUGGCGUCUCUCCCGGCGCGCACGUCCGUGCUGGCCGCGAGCAACCCCGUGCAGGGCGCGUACGACCGCGGGCGCUCCGUCGCGAAGAACGUCGGCAUCAGCGGACCCAUGCUCUCGCGCUUCGACCUGGUGUUUGUUAUGAUGGACUGUCCUGAUCACAGCAAGGACCGCAAACUGGUCGCGCAGCUCAUGGCGAUGCACGGGGACGCGGGCGCGGCCGAGGCCGGGUGCGGGCUCGACGCGGCCGCGGAGGCGGCGCUCGACGGGGCGUUCGCGUCCCCCGGCGGGCGGGGGGAGUCGGGGGCGCACGUGGGCGGGGGUUUGGCGCGGCGGCGGCCGCUGGCGGAGCGGCUGCGCGCGCAGCCGGGCGAGGAGGACGAGGCGGUGGUUCCGCCGGCGCUGCUGCGGAAGUACAUCGCGUACGCGCGGCAGAUGGUGCGGCCGAAGCUGACGGAAGCAGCGGCGGCGCGGCUGCAGAGCUUUUGGCUGGAAAUGCGGGCCAAGGUCGGAGGGGGGAUGUCGGAGGAGUCGGUGUCGGUGACGACGCGGCAGCUCGACGGGCUGGUGCGGCUCGCGGAGGCGCGGGCGCGGAUGGAGCUCCGGAGUCAGGUUUUGGAGUCUGACGCGAGCGACGUGGUAGAACUUAUGAUGGAGAGUCUCCUGGGGGCGCAGACGGCGGGGGGGUCGCUGUUCGGGGGCGAGGCGAACGCGAAGAAGCGCCGGCGCGGGACGCGGGUCGCGGAGGCGGAGCGGUUCUUGGAGGCGCUGUGUGCUCGCGCGCAGCAGAGGGGGGGGAGUAAAGGGGGGGAGUUUACGGUGGCGGAGCUGUACGAGGUGGGCGACGCGAUCGACGUGCAGUGCACGAGCAUGGCGGACUUUGUCGAGCGGCUGAACGACGCGGGGGAGUUACUGAAGAAAGGGGGGGGGUCUACGAGGGAGCAAUGCAUCAUGUGA